AGAACUGUAUCGAAUGAUCCAGGAGUUGAAUUAAAGCAACUGAGCGAGAAACUUUGUCGUCUAAUAAGUCAUUCUUCUGUUACAUCAUCGCUGCCCUCUUUGAAGUCCGGCAUUGGAACUUCAGUGGAAGUAGCUCGUUUGACGAGGGCGAGAGUAUUUAGAGCCAAUGGUUUAAAUGAAUACGCAAGAUCAGAAUUUAAUUUAGCGCCCAGUGGACCAGUCCCCAACCAGCUGCAACUUUUUCUUAUAUUUAUGUAUAUGUGUGCCAGUGUGUUGGAAAAUGCUAUGACAGAAUGGAAUUGCUUGGAGUUCGAAGGGAUUUGUCGUUCGCUGUCGUCCAAUGGUAUGCCAUCAGCAAAAGUAUCCGAUGGUUCCUUUGUUUCACUGUCAUCGUUGAACGGUGUCCAAAGUCGAGAAAAGACUCAAGAAGAAAAGCAAAAAGAAGUCGAAUUGUACAAAGAGCUAAAGAAAAGAAAAAACGAACUCGAAGAAAAACUUCUAGCAAAACUUGAUGAAUUACGGGAAGUGUGCAUCAAAGAAGCGGAAAUCACGGGUGAAUUACCAAAAGAGAUUUACAAGACGCUGAUGCCAGGAGAAGAGGAGCCAAAAGUGAAGCGACGUGUUGGAACAGCUUUCUCGCUCAGCGAAGUUUUUAAGAGACCCGUAGAUAGUAAUGAUAGGAUUUCUAUGUUGGAAGCGGAUGUCGAGUUACACAGGAAAAUUGUUGCUGCAGCAGAACGUCUAGCUAAGGACAAAACAACCAAUAAGUCGGUGAGGAAAAAGCGCCAAAAAGAUUUGAUAGCAGCGACUCAAAAAUUACGAGGACUCGAAUUUGGUCUUACACAGCUCCGACUUUCGGCUAGCAAACCGGAUGUCAGCACUGCUAUUCGUAAUGUUUCUGGAAAUAAAGGACCUCGGAGAAAUUGUUCAGAUUAUCAGAUGGAAUCGACAUUAUUAGGUACUCAAAAUGAUUCAAACUCAUUAAUCACGAAAUCUUGCCCAGCUACACCACGAGGCUCGUUUCCGGAUUUACUUACCUCCGCGGAAAACGAACGAAGUGAAGCCGAUGAUGAUGAUGAUGAUGAUGGUGGAAAGAGGAGAGCGUCCACAACUUCAAAGCGUGUACCACCUCCACUUCCUUAUCAUACCUGUUAUUUUCUUCCUGAACGUCAAAUAUCUUGGGAGAAGUUAAAAAAUCAUAACGUUGAGAAUCAUCAUAUACCUGUAUAUGAAAAUGUUGGUUAUAAGUCGUGUGUCUCUUACAAAAGUUCCUACAGAGAAAUGAAUUUCCCUACACUGAAUGACCACACUAAUUGCAAAGAUCGAGUGCAGCGUGCAUUCUCGGAUCAUGAUUUACCAGAACAAGAAUCAGUUACAGUAAAGAAUAGCGACAAUUAUGAAUCUCGAAUUAAUUACGUUGUUGGAUCUUCAAGAAAUAUUGCUGAUUAUGGAACCACCUUGAAGCAGCCUUCUUGGAAAUACCACUUCGGACAGGAAAACAGCCGAGAUAUUUGUAUAGAAGCAGGAGCAGGAAGUAGUGAUGCGGGCCGGCAGAUAAUGAUACAGCAACAGCAGAAUAAUGAUGAGAUCCCAUCUUCAUCAUGCCUCGGAUCGAAGUUCAUGAGUUCCUUGGAGACGUAUCAGCAAAGCAGCAGUAGUUGUAACAGUCCACCUAUUGCUGGUUUAUUGUCAAAUGAUGGAAAAACACCGUUGCGUUAUGCAGUACUUCCAGCUUCGAGAUCAUAUAACGAUGGUUUUACAACAGCAAGUUUAGACAGGCGAGCUAUGAAGGAAAGGCAGUUAUCCUGUGGUUCCGUGGGGUAUCACCAGCUCCGAUCAACACAACUGGCAGUCAACGAUAUGGUUCGUGAAAUAUGCAUUGGUCAACCAGUUAUCCGGCAUUCACCUCUGAGCACUCCUCGAUUCACUACUACUUUCCCAGUUUCUGGUCCUGCCAGUAUGGAAAAGAGCAAACCUCUUUUGUCAUCUGAUAUUCAUCACUACCAGCAUCGUUCACCGUUGCAGCAGCGCAAUAGUCCAGAACACAGUAUAAUGUCCCCGCGGAAUAUAACUCAGACUACCGGAUCCUCAUCAAAUUUACGCCCUCCACCUCCUGCUUAUCCGGUUGCUGUACGAAACGGGAUAUUUGGUGCCAGGAAUUCACUGGGAAAGAUAAUCACUGCACAGACAGAUCUUCGAAUGGAUGCUAUGAAGAAUUAUUACAAAGAUAAAUCGAAUGAAAGAAAGAAGAACGCCACAGCUGUUUGA